AUGCAGGAGGUGGGCAGCACCCAGACCAGUUCUCAGAGGGUCUUCAGUGUCCUGGAUCGAUUGCUGCUCACGCAUCCUGUGUGGCUGCAGUUGUCACUCAACCAAGACUCCGCCCUCUACAUCCUGCUUAGAGAGCCUGUGGGAACAUUUUUAGUGCGUAAAUGCAAUUCCAGCCAGAGGAAGGUGCUGUGUUUUAGGGUGGCAGCUGACAGAAGUGCCUCCUCUGUGAAGGAGUGCUUCAUCAGUGAGGAGGACUCCACAUUCGCCCUGGAGAGCUCAGCACUCAGCUUCCCUGACUUGUGUCGUUUGGUGGCUUUCUACUGCAUCAGCAGGGACGUGUUACCUUUUCCUCUUCAACUACCGGAGGCAAUUACAAGAGCAACAACACACAGGCAGCUGGAGGCCAUCUCACACAUGGGACAAGACUUCUGGAGUUCACCGAGCGCUGUAGACAUCCAAAAUGGGCCGUUGGGGUUUGUUGCAUCAACCAGCGGUGGUCAGGCUCAAACGGGGGCGAAUCAGGAGCGAUGUUCUUUGAUGACCCAUUGCAGACAAGGCAAAAUCUGCUUCAUCAACCCACUCUUUCUCCAACUGGAGGUUUGCAAGCAGCUGCAACACAUGAAUAACAGUGCCUCCAAUAAACGGAACCGCUUCAAACGUAGUAUGCGACUCCGGCUCUCAGAAUCCUCCAUGAAUCUGUCCCUUGAGGGAGUUGGAUCCUACUCGCCUUCCCCGUCAGUGGAGCAAGCCGGAGAAUCAGAGGGGCUGCACAAAACCACCACUAACCCACAGAGGAAAGUUCACGCAGGGGCUGGAGUCUUGAGGAGAACCCCCGCUGUAUCCCCCGGUUCAGCAGAGGAGGAUGACAUGAUGUCUGCAUAUGCAGCACAAACAUCAGCAACUGUGGAUGAACCACCAAAGUUCCAUCAGGAGACGGGAAUUGAAGGCACAGUUUUGGCCUUGGAGCGCCAACCGGCUCCGUCUUUGGCCGAGCUAGACAGCAGCAGCUCUUUUAGCAGCAUGGACGAGGACAACGACUCAGAUACAGAACCAGAAAGCAUGGCCCAGGCCCAGACAGACAUGGAUCGGCGUCCACCACUCGUUCGCUCUCGAGGCCGCGGUGGGAUGCAUCGCAUGAGUGAAGCCUUCGUUUGUUUUUUUGCUCCUGACAAGCGUCUGACGCGACUGGUAGAGGAACUCUCCCGAGACAGACGCUCGGUCUUUGGGAGCAUGGUUCAGGACUUCCUCCUGGAGCAGAGGGAGGUGCUCAAAUCACUGGCCUCCUCGUCGUCGACGUCUUCGUCAUCACGUGUGAAGCCUGUGCAGCUUCUGCAGAGUCUUCGCCUUUUUCUGUCACAGGCAAAGUGCUGCUUGUUGGACAGCAGAGAGCUGGAACCUCCUAUUGAAACCCUAGUGCCCGAAAAUGAGAAAGACCUGGCAUUGGAGAGGGCCAUGUUCUCCUGCAUCCUCAGACCUCUGAGGAGCCGCCUUGAAAAAGCCCUGAUGGCUUUGCACAAUCAGGAUGGCUCCACUCAGCGCCUCACGCAGAACAUGCUCUGUCUGAAGGGGGAGGCAGCCAUGGAGCGACUCGGAGUGCGGACGGGGGUCCCUGACGGCCGGGGGGUGGAGCGGGUGAAGCAGAAGCUGAUUCUGAUGCAGAGGACGCAUUCGCCGAUUGACAAAGUGCUCCUGCUGCUGCAAGUGUGCAAGCUGGUCCACAAGGCAAUGGGGACGUUACAUGGACAGGAAGUUAGCUGGGAUGACUUCCUUCCAUCGUUAUCUUAUGUGAUAGUGGAAUGUAACAGGUCUCAUAUCCUGAUAGAAGUGGAGUACAUGAUGGAGCUGCUAGAACCCUCUUGGCUUGGUGGUGAAGGUGGCUACUACCUGACCAGUGUGUACGCUAGCCUGUGUCUAAUCCAGAACCUGGAACAGGGGCAGCGAUUCUCCGGCUCCCUGACACCGCAAGUCCAGGAGGCCCUGAAGGAGUGGAGCUGCAGACGGAGCCUGGAGGCCCAGAAACAAAAAGAUAACCAGCAGAGCCAGACAUUUUUAGUGCGUAAAUGCAAUUCCAGCCAGAGGAAGGUGCUGUGUUUUAGGGUGGCAGCUGACAGAAGUGCCUCCUCUGUGAAGGAGUGCUUCAUCAGUGAGGAGGACUCCACAUUCGCCCUGGAGAGCUCAGCACUCAGCUUCCCUGACUUGUGUCGUUUGGUGGCUUUCUACUGCAUCAGCAGGUAA